ACCCUACAAGCAACACAAUCAAUCAAUCCUCAACAUGUUCAAAUAUACCGUUGUCAUCUUCGCCAUCAUCGCCUGUGCUGCUGCCAAGCCUGGACUCCUCCUUGGCCAACAGGUGGCAUAUUCCGCUCCAGUUGUAGCUGCUGCUCCAGCUGCAGUUGUGGCUGCUCCUGCUCCAUAUGUGACUGCGACAUCCAGCCAAGUGAUUGCCCGCAACUACAAUGGUGUUGCCACUGCUCCAGUGAUUGCUCCAGUUGCUGCUCCAGUCGUCGCCAAGUAUGCUGCUGCUCCAUUGGCCGCUCCUCUGGCUUACAGCUCACCUCUGACUUACAACGCUCCUCUGGCUUACAACACUCCUCUGGCUUACAACACUCCUUUGGCUUACAGCUCGCCAUUGGCCUACUCCGCUGCUGCUGCUCCUGUUCUUCUCUAAAAAGCAAUUUGAAUUAAAAUAAACAACUAUUUACACAA